UAAUUAAAAGCAGCAGACAAUAUUGGUACGGUGUUGAAACCGCAAAAACAAUUUGAAGAGACUGAUGGGAAUUGGAUCUUUGGUUUUUCUUUGGUGUUGCAUUAGUAAAUUAAAAGCAACAUUUUGUGGGUCGGAUAUUCACCUUGUUCUUGGAGUGAUUGUUUUUCUUUUUGCAGAAACAAAGAAACAUUGUAAGCUCUAAGCUCGUGUGAAGCUAGUUAACGUAAGCUCAGUGCAGAGUUUUCUUUAUUUAGGGACUAUUUGGAACUUGUGAGUAACUCACUCUAUGACCAUAGAAACAGAUGAGCUUAACAUCCUAUAGAUCGCAUGGCCUAUGUGAGCAUUUACGAGACUUACUUAACUCAUUCUGAAUGGUGUUUGGAAUAUUCUUGACUUCAUUACGGAGCGCAUCUGGCAGAAUGGGAAAUCAUUAUUAACAUUCGACGCAGCUUUCUCAUUAACAAAAGUCACGUAGGGAAUCCCAGAAAGGGGCGAAGUCAAUUCUAGACACAGUGGACAAACAAACACAACAAGAGGACGUUUUUUUUUUUUUUUCUGCACUACUUCCUAACAACUGCUAAUGACUUUUACGACAAUCAUUUCCUACAUUGAUUAAGAAAACUCUUUGAACGACUUCUACUUUGUGAUACAUUUAUCUGGAUUUAAAAACAACAACUUUUUCUGCGUUGGAAAUCAAAGGUGCGAGCUAAAUAUGUUACACUUGCUGUAUUGCUAAACAAAUAUUCACUAACUUUUUAUAGUGAAGAAAAAGAACUAGACUAGGUAGAUCUAGGUCUAGCGACUGCAGAACAAGAGAUCCUGACGGAUAUAAAAUGACAAAGCUGUGCUUGUGUUUGCUACUAUUGAUUGUGUGCGUUGUUAGCAGGUUGGAAGUCAGCGGUCUUGAAACAUGGCCUCCAUGUUUGACACAGCUUGGCCUUAGGUACGGUGCUUACCAAAGUAGGCCUGAUUUUCAAAUAGAAACCAACAGUGGUGUCCCCCACCAUGUUAGACUGAAUGGACCGAAAGCCUGGAUUCCCGAGAAAAAUAAAAAUAAUUAUGUCAAGAUCAGCGUCUCUCAACCUGUACUGUUAACAGCCUUACAAGUCCAGGUAGAAGAUGAAUUGUCUGGUAGAGUAUCGUCCCUUCGAGUCUCCACAUCAUUAGACUGCUUGAACUACAAGGCAGAGAACUACAGCAUCAACUAUUCACGUGAUGAGAAAGACGUUAAGACUGUAUUCCUGCGCAACGUUCAGUUUGUGUCUUGUGUGAUGCUGGAGCCCAUGGAAUUUUCUGGGGUCGCCCCUGCAUUGAGAGUUGAGUUCCUUGGAUGUGUUCAAUCCCAAGCGGACACGUGUUCUAACAAUAUCCAUCCAAUCACUGACGAGAAGACAGCGGCUGGAGGACGUAUUUUGAAAUAUGCUCACAGCGUGGUCUUGAUUUGGCUGCAGAUACAAGUUGAACAAGAAAGUUCGGAGAAAGUCGCUGAACUUGACAUUUACUACAGUAAAUCUUGUGAAGAAUGGUCCCGGUACGAAACCCAGAAAAUGAACAUUAUAACUGUCACCUUAGAGAAGUCAACCAGCAAGUUGAUCACUCUUGACCUCGAGUCACCAAUACGGGCACGAUGUUUUAAACUUAUUUCUCCUGGCCAGUCUGUCAUUGGAAACUUGAGAACCAAUGUCUGCAAUGGACAAAUGAUUUCACAAGUGCAAGAGCUAGAGUCAGAUGCAUGGAAAACUCCACAUUAUGAUAAAGACGUACUAAGUGACCAGCAAUACACAGAAUAUUCUUCAGAGUCAGAAAAAGUUGUCCCAAAUCUUAUCGACAUUAUACACCACAAGAAACUCGUGAAAGAAGCGCCAAUUGAAACAUUUGGUACAAUCAAAACUUCAAAACAAAAUUCUGUACCUUCACCAAGUGUAAGCACCACAUUAGUAUCUGAGACAAUAACAGACAGAGACAAUGGCUCCCAUGUGAAAGAGAAGCCAAUAGAAACAUCGGAUACAAUAAAAGCUUUAAAACACAAUUCUUUAUCUUCAACAAGUGUAAGCACCACAUUAGUAUCUGAUCUGAUAACAGACAAAGAGAAUAACUCUCAAGUAGGGCAAACAUUAUCAGAUGAUUUAGACAACGUAACAAGCAUAGCUGACAGUACACUAUUGUUAGACAAAUAUCUCAAUGAUUCAAAUUAUGAAGACUCUUCAACGACCACCACAUCAAAUGUGGAAGAGGUCAAGUUAGCCCCCAAAAAUAAGGAAACUAGAUCCCAAACUUCUGCUCUUCAAGAGACUGCCGAGUACACAACUGAACUGCUUACAGAAUCAGCGAAAAUGGCAGUUGAGGCUACUGAACAGGCUACAGUCAUUGAGAGGAAGGAAGUAGAGUUCACCACACUUUCUUCAACUUCAACUCUGGAAACUGGGACAUCAGAUAUUCCCGUACUUAACACCCCGGUUCUAUUGGAAGAGAAUGUCUAUAUAUACAACCCACCUGCCCAUGUGCUCAACAGUAGUGAACUACAAGAUUUGUUUCAUUUCAACUUUGAUUCACCCGAUGACGAUAAACUGAAGCACGGUCUUCAAACAAAGAAAAUGGAUGAUCUUCUAGAGUUGACACCAGUGACUCUGGACUUGUCGCAUAUAAUCGAUGCAGACGAUGGAAACGAUACUUCACACAAUGAUUAUCUGAAUGACUCAAUAGUGACUGGAGCUCUUACAUCAGUUAACAGCAAUGAGUCCGUGAGUGACUCUUCAGAAUUAGAAAAUAACUUUUUCCUUCAGCAGCACAAUGUGUCCACGAAUACAUCCAAUAUUAGUGAGUCACGUGCCAGCGAAAACCAAAACUCAUCAUUUUCUGUCUCAACAACUCUUCAUGACACUGUCACAACUAACCAGAAAAACUCAGUUAUCAAUCAGGCACAUUGUGGAAUUAAAGGACCAACAAAAGGUGAAAGAAAGAAAAGAAUAGUCGGUGGUUUCUCUAAUGCUCCUGGAGAAUGGCCUUGGCUUGUGUCCAUGUUUUUCUUACCUGAAUUUUCCUACACCAAAUUGUCCGGUUACAAGCAUGCUUGUGGAGCCAGUCUAAUUCAUCCUAAAUGGGUUCUCACAGCUGCACAUUGCUUUGCGAGUGAAAUAUUCAGUGGUCUAAAUAACAUUAGCAGCUGGAGAGUCAAGUUAGGAGUCCAUGACCUAGCUGACAAUGAAAGCAGCUUUAUUCAGGAGAGACUCAUUCACAAAGUCUUCAUUUAUCCUGAAUAUAACAUCUCAGCAGCUCCCUUUAUCAAUGACCUAGCCCUGAUACAACUUGACAGUCCUGUGACUCUGACAGAACGUGUGUCGCCUGUUUGCUUAGACAACAGCACUACAUUCUACAAUGAAUCACAAUGUUAUGUCAGUGGUUGGGGUAACCUGAUACCUGAUGGAACAGUUUUUGGAAGUCAGUUCCCCAUGAGUGCCUCCUUAACAACGCUGACGUUAGAGAAAUGUCAAGCGAUGGUUGAUGCUCUGCCAGCAGACAAUCCAUUCAAACCUUACAUUGUUGUCAAAGAGCCUGUACUCUGUUCUAAGGCUGGACCAGAAGGACAGGAUUCUUGCCAAGGUGAUUCAGGUGGCCCCUUGAUGUGUGACGUGGAUGGACAUUGGCAUCAAGUGGGCAUAGUCUGUGCAGGUCAGGGAUGUGGCAAUGAUACUUCUCCUGCGCUAUACACCCGGAUCACCUACUUUUACGACUGGAUUAAGGUCACCAUUGAGAAAGAGAAUGAUGAACUUUGAAGAAUAGAUUAACCUCUAACCUUUUGUUUAUGUUAUAUUCAGGCAUACACUUUACAGAAUGGUUGAUGGCAACCAAAUCUAUGUCCUUUAUUUAAAGAAAUUGACCAACACCCCAAGAAAUAUUUAUUAAAAUAAAAACAGAGUAUAUUUGUAACGUGUAUUUAUUAUCAAAAAUGUUUUUUUUUUGUCUGUGAUACAAAAACAUUUUAUAAAGAUAAAUUUAAGUCAUAGAAAUGUAUUAUGAGAUGGUACUUAAUUUAAAUGUCUUUUAAUGGCUGUCAUUUUCGCUGUAUAGAGAUUGGUUAAUCUAACUUUAUGCUUGUCUACUAGCUUUAGACAUUGGCUCAUUGGCUAUAGUCUAAAUAUAUAAGCUAGAUAUGUAGAUGUACAAUAGAUGUUUAUGUACAAUAGCCACUACUUUUUUUUAAUAUGAUGGCUUUAAAUACCGUUUAUAAACAAAUAUGUGUAUUGCGUCAUUUUAUUAGAUUAUAUUACUCUUUUAAGAUUUUCAUAUACCAGUAUAGCAGAAAAAACUACAAAUAGCUUGCUUUCUGGUAUUCUAGGGUAGCAAAUAAAGGAAGUGUUGUGUUCACUUCUUAGCACUGCAGAAUGCAAUUUUCUUAGUGCAUCUGUUUGUAGCACAAAAUAGUUUCAAUACAGAGGAAGUAUUAGACUUACACUCUAUGACUUUAAACUUAUUUGAAUACAAGUGGGAGACUAGACUUGCUAGCAGUAAUAUAAAGAGGAUUUGAUACAAAGAUCAACUUCCACACAUUUGAGAUAUUGUUAAAAUUAUAGCUCAUUUUUAGCGCUCCCAAAAGGGUAAAAGACGCUAUUAGUUUUGUGUGGAUUGUCUGCUCGUCCGUCCCGUUUAGAACUAGUAAGCUAGAAAAGAUAGUGAAAAUCUGACACCAUAAUAUUUUAGACCAUUCAAAGUUCUGAUGCAAUGGCUACUUUUUUCUUUUCUGAAAGCGAAAAAUAUAAUUUUUUAAAUCACUUAUGCAAGCAGUUUUUUCAAACAAAUACACCACAUUUACAACUAUUCAUUAUUAAUAGUAACAAACAAGGGGGCUCUUUACAAGGGGAGAUGUGCAUAUACCAUAUUUUUAACAUAUUUAUGCAAAAAGUUUUAGAUUUUUUGUCAAAAAUUUUUUAUUACAUUUGCAUUGCUAAGUUAUGUAAGUUUUGUCAUACUAACUACUACAUUUACACAAAAAAAAGUUAUUUAAAGAAAAAAUCAAUGUAGUAUGCAUAUAAGUUAAACAAUUUAAAACAACAAUUAAUAAGUAGUUUUUUUCUAUUUUCGCAUGAACUGCAGUACCAUGUAGCAAAAAUAUUACACUUAACAAAUUUUUUUGUUUUGUUUUACUGUGAAGUUUUUUUUUUCUUAAGGAUUUGAAUAAGAGAUUGACCCUUAACAAAACAAUUAGAUAUUCAUCAUAAGACAUCAGUUAGGACAGGUUAACAUCUAACUUCACAUUCACUUUUACCUAUCCUUUGGUCUGCUGGGGCACCACACAUGAUCUGUCAACCUUCUUUCUUCAUUCUCUGUCAUUUGUCUUUGAUAGAAUUUUAUUCAGAUGUUUCUUCUGAAAAUAUUGAAACCUGCAUUUUUACCUGCCUGGAUGGACCACUUCGAGGGCCGAUUUUGAGUUUGUUUCCACACAAACUGUCUUUGUAACCUUGUUUAUUACUUAGUUUGGCAAUGGUGAAAUUUAAUUUAGCAUCCUUGACAUUGUGGAAAACCUCCCCUACACAUAGUAGUGUAAUGCAGCUACUUAUUUCUUUCCAAUAUUUUAGUAUAGCAUUAGUACCUCUUAGUAAUUUCAACAUCUUAAUCUUCAAGUGAUGUAAUCUUAUUUUAUUUACCAGUAUUACCAAAAUUGCUGAAGCACUACAUUGGUAAAUAUGAUGAUGUCUUGAUGACUAUUGCAAAUAUCAGGAUAACAAAAUAUUACUAUUAGAGAUGAGAAUAACCUACUAUCAUAGUACCUUUAAACAUUAAUUGUCUUUCAGUUAGUAAAUAACAUGUCUAGAAAACAGAUUUAAAAAAAAAAUUGAAUUGUUAAGCUUGCUAUUACCAGUACUGCAAAAUUAUCUUCCUUAUAGUU